AUGGAAGCUGGGAAGAGUGAGCCUCUGUCGCCAUACCCCGCGGCCUCGGCCUCGUGUGGCUCCGGCGCGAGCAUGUUCAGCAGCGCGAUGGGGAAGCUGCAGCGCCAGCUGUACAAGGGGGAAUACGACAUUUUCAAGUACGCACAGGUGUUUGAGGGUGACUUCAUCCAGACCACGAAGAAGGGAGAGGUGAUCGACGUGCACAACCACGUCCGCGUGGUGACCGUGGGCAUCACCUCCACCAGCCCCAUCCUCCCACUGCCGGACGUCAUGCUGCUGGCCCGCCAGGCCCCCGGCUGUGAGGAGCACUCGGGGCACGGCAAAGGCACCAGGGGAAAAGGCCACAAGGCCUCGAAGACCUUAGAGCUCACUAGGCUGCUUCCCCUGAAGUUCGUGCGCAUGUCCGUCCACGACCGGGAGAAAAAACAGCUGCGCCUGAAGUUCCCCACCGGCCGCUCCUGCUACCUGCAGCUCUGCCCCCCUCCGGGUGCUCAGGAAGACCUCUUUGCCUGUUGGGAAAACCUUGUUUACCUCCUGCGACCACCACUGGACAGUAACCGUGGUCCCUAUACCACCCCAGUGGGGGACAGGACAUGCGUGCCCCUGUUGGAGGAAGAAACCAGGAGAGGCCUGGCAGCGGCCGAUCUCCCAGGGAAAGAGGGUGAGGACCAGAGCAGCACCAGAAGCCUCUACCUGGGCUCUGAGAUGGCUGAGGCCACCUCUGCAGCUUUUGCUGGGGGGCAGGGAAUCCAAGGUGACUCCCACGGAUUCUCGGCCAGGCCAGACGUAGCCGCCCCAGACCCCAAACCCCCAGAGCCUGACAAAGUGUCAGCGGCUGGGGCGGCAGCAGGCACCACAGCAGGCACUUCGGGCACAGCGAUCACCGAGUCCGCUGCCCCUGAACAGCUAUGCGUGGCCGUAGCCGGGGCAGCCACCCGGGAUCCAGGAGGAAGCAGAACCAGCAUAGCCAUCGAAGGUGUUGCCAACAUGUCCCCCGAGAGCAUUAAAAUGGCCUGGGCCGGUGCUGCAAACCGGCCCUCCGAGGGUGCUGCCAGCACCAGCCUCUCCUCAGAGACCAGCCUGAUUGUUGCAACGGCAAAAGCAGAACCUGCCAGCGAGGCUGCCGAAGAAACAGCGAAGGGUCAUCGUGCCACAGGGCCUCUCCUCUCGAGCUUGCCCAGGGAGGGUAGCGUGCAUGAAGGGGCUGAAAUGCAGCAGCAAGUGCCCCUGGCCAGUGCUGAAGCCCCAAAGAGCAGAAGGGAUGGGAGACAGCAAAAGCAAAGGGAGAGAGCUCUCAGGAGUCCCCACCACCGCAGGGCGACUGAAAGCCACCACAAGCCAGGGGCUGACAAGAUACUCCGAAAAUCAUCUGGUCGGUCCUUAGCCAGGCAGAGAAAUGACAAGAAGGAGAAAGGCGGCGGCAGCCCGAGGGGCAGCCGGCCUGUCACCAGGCACAAAGGGGUCAGCCACGCUCCCGUCAGCAGGGACUCCAGGACCUCUGUCAAGUCGGGGAGUAACUGGUCUGCAAGUAGUUCAGGUUCCACAGCCCAGAGACUCAGCAGGAUCAGCUCUUUCUUGAGGACCGUGAAAGCCAAUCUUACUACAAAAACGGUGGCCUCACCACGUGGUAAGGACAUGGACAAUUCAACUAAGACAAUGGACAGGAACACAGAGGCCAUCACAGAGACAGGAGAGCAUUGGCAGGGGCUGGAGAGGAUUGACAGUGUGGCGUCUGAGGUCAUGGAUACCUGUGUUCUUUGA